AUGGCGACCUUCACGCCCGAAAACAUCCCCUGCCCACAUUGCCCACAGCUCUUCCGUAGCUUCGGCGGCCGCACACGCCACAUCCAUGCCAAGCACACAAUGCCAUCCGUCCAUCCCAUUCCGUUACAACGCCCGCCGGUGCCUUCGAGCCCGCCUUCGAGCCCCCGGUUCAGCAGUCGAGGGGCAUCGCCACCGUUAUCGCCGCUUGGCUCCACCGGUUCAUUACUGGGUCAGGGCGGCUCUCCCGCUCAACAAGAUUCGCCUCUGGGAGAGAAUACAGAUGGGGUGCGGAUCGAGACACAUCCAAUUCUCGAUGGCACUCCCUGCGAUCGCGAUGGAUACGAUCUGCCGCCAGGCGCUGAAGCAGAACCAUGGGAUGAACGAGACAAGGAUGAUUUUGGUGUAUUUGAGAGUCGCGCUACCUUCGAAUUUGCAGACUUUUUGUAUACGCGGGUCCAGAUGUCGGGGGAGAACAUUAGUCAACUUAUGCAGCUCUUUGCGGCUAUUACGGGAAACAACCCACCUUUCGCCAACGAUGACGACUUAUAUGCAACAAUCGAUUCGAUUCCGCUGGGUGACAUCCCAUGGCAGUCAUUCAGUGUCCAAUACAACGGGCCCCUUCCGGAUGAUCCUCCCCUCUGGAUGACGCAAAAGUUUCAAGUCUGGUUCCGAUCGCCGCUUGCCAUCUUUGAGCGCCAACUCGCCAACCCAGAUUUCAAAGACGAGAUAGAUUGGGCUGCGAAGCGAAUCUUCCGCAAUGGAAAAAGGCAAUAUACCGAUGUGUUCUCGGGAAACUGGGUAUGGGAACGCGCGGACUUACUCGCGCAAGACCCCGAAAAUCAUGGCGCGUUGCAUGUCCCAAUCAUCACUGGGAGCGACAAGACAUGCGCAUCCGUAGGGACUGGCAACACGGAAUUCUAUCCGUUUUACGGAGGUAUUGCCAACUAUCACAAUGAGGCACGGCGUGGUCAUCGGAAUGGAAUUGCGUUGCUGGCCUUUCUUUCCAUACCAAAAACUUCUCGUCAAUACGCUGAUAGUGUCGCAUUCCGAAAAUUCCGCCGCCAGUUAUUUCACUCGUCGAUUGCUUAUAUUAUGAGCGAUCUCAAGCCACAUAUGAAGACACCCAAAGUCACACGUUGCUGUGAUCGUCAUUUUCGGCGGGCCAUUUACGAUUUUUGCGCUAAUAUCUCGGACUACCCAGAGCAAGUUUUGUAUACAUGUAUUGUUCAGGGCCGGUGUCCCAUCUGUCUGGCACCUCCCGAGGAACUCGAAUCGGAUGAACCCAGUCCACUAAGAUCUAAGGCGCAUACCCAGACACUCCUAGAUGCUGGUUAUUCGCUGAGAGAGCUCUGGGAUGAGUUCGGAAUCGUUGGUGAUGUUAUUCCGUUCACCAAUGACUUUCCUCGGGCAGACAUCCACGAGUUAAUUAGUCCCGACCUGCUUCACCAGAUGAUCAAGGGUGUUUUCAAGGAUCAUCUGGUCGAUUGGAUUGUGGACUAUAUUGCGACCACCUAUGACAAACAGGGUGCUCAGAGAAUAUUAGCCGACAUCGACCGCCGAAUCGCUGUUACGCCUCCUUUUCCAGGUCUGCGAAAUUUUCCGAUGGGCCGAAACUUCAAACAAUGGACUGGUGACGAUUCAAAAGGCUUAAUGAAGGUGUUUCUUCCUGCCAUUUCUGGUCGGAUCCCAAGUGGUAUGGUGCGAACCGUAUCAUACUUCAUGGAGUUUUGCUAUCUGGCUCGUCGUUCAGUCAUCAGUGAGGAUACACUGAAGGCAAUGGAAACGGCCUGGGCGAACUUCCAUGAAGCGCGGGAAUCUUUCCGUGAUGUUCGACCCGAAGGAUUUUCACUUCCUCGCCAACAUUCUGGUGAUCACUAUGUGUCUGGCAUUCGGAAAUUUGGGGUUGCUAAUGGCCUAUGCUCAUCUAUCUCAGUCAAGAAGCCUUGGCGCCGUUCUAAUCGGAAUCAGCCACUGGGUCAGAUGCUGCUGACUAACCAAAGGCUUGAUAAACUCCAUGCUGCCCGGGUUGAUUUUGCCGAAAGGGGUAUGCUUGAUGGUCCUCUCAUUCCAUUCUUUGAACCUCCCCACCCUCUAUCCCCAUCCCCACCUCCAGCUCCACUGCAGGGCACUGGCUCCAACUCCUCUUCAGUGCCAGAUAUCACUCAUCGUCGAUCUGAUGAUGAUUCUGGGCCUGUUGAGGGCCCUCAGAUUGAUGCUGAAGUCAAGUUGGCGAAGACAUAUGGUAUGUUCUUCCGCAAGAUCCCUCGUCAUUUGACUUCCUUGGCAAUUCAUCUCUCGCAACCGCGGCUUCCUGCACUUAUCCGGCGCUUCCUAUUUGAACAAAUCCACCCUGAUGACGACAAUCUCCCUUCUGACAUGGACCUUGAGGCAACCUUCGAUCUCAGCACAUCUCGUAUCUACACAUACACCUCUGCCCGUGCAGUCUUUCACGCACCUAGCGACAUUUGUGGGAUUGGAGGCAUGCGACAAGAACGUGUUCGGGCCACAGCUACCUGGUUUUCUGGAGCAGCACGAUAUGAUUGUGCACUUGUUGUACAUGAUCGUGAUGCUCCUGGCAUAGAGGGAUUCCACGUUGCAAGGGUUCGCCUCUUUUUCUCCUUCAAGUAUAACAACAUCACAUAUCCUUGUGCUUUGGUUCACUGGUUCUCAAUUUUGGGCGACUCCCCGGAGGAGGAUACAGGCAUGUGGGUGGUAACACCAGACUGGGUUCAUGGACAGUACGGAGUACAGCCUGAUAUGGCUGUCAUUCAUUUGGACUCAAUGCUGCGUGGAGUCCAUCUUAUCCCAGUGUUUGGUGAAAGUUAUGUUCCAGAGGAGAACUUUGAUGCAUCAGAUUCCUUGGAUGCAUACCAGUCAUUUUAUGUUAGCAAGUAUGCAGACUAUCAUGCCAAUGAGACUAUCUUUUAA